CCUAUUAAUUAUUAUCCUCGCGGAAAAGUAAACGGAAAAUAAAAAACCGGUGAAAAUGGGAGUAGUAGUGAUCGAUGGUUCGACAGUGCGGUCGUUUGUUGCGGACGAGGAGCAGUUUAAGAAGAGCGUAGAAGAGAGGUUCGCUGCUCUGGAUCUAAACAACGACGGCGUUUUGUCUCGAUCUGAGCUGCGAAAGGCUUUCGAAUCGAUGAGGCUACUGGAAUCGCACUUCGGCGUCGAUGUGGUGACUCCUCAGGAUGAGCUGACGAGUCUCUACGACUCGAUCUUCGAGAAAUUCGAUACGGACCAGAGCGGUUCGGUGGAUCUGGAGGAGUUUAGGUCGGAGAUGAAGAAGAUCGUGCUUGCGAUCGCCGACGGGCUCGGGUCGUGUCCGAUCACGAUGGCGUUAGAUGACGGUGAUGAUAAUUUCCUGAAAAAGGCGGCGGAUCUGGAAGCUUCGAAGCUUGAGAAGAAGGCUUCGUGAAUCGUGAUGGGUGAUUUUGGGAUGUCUUCCUCGUCUUCGUGUUUUGCUCAUGUAGUCCUGAUGUAAGCAAAGUAUGAGAAUCAUAAUAAAAGGCUUGGAACUUGUU